UCUUAAAAUAAAAUGCUGCGUUCAAACUAUUAUUAUUAUUCUAAUUUGUCGAUUUUUUCACGGUCUUUUGAUUUUACGCUGAAAGUGAAGAGGUUUAUUAAUUUGAUCUGACUUCACACCUAAGGGUCAUCGCACAAUCGUUACAUAUAAAACUCAACAAAAGUUGAAGAAAAAUGGAAAACCCAUACUUGAAUUUAAAAAUAUUUCAAGACCACAUUUGGGACGGAUAUCGCUACAUAAUAAAUUCUGUCAAAAAUAAUACAACAUAUUAUGAAUGUAUUCAUUACAAGGCAGGUACUUGCCCUGCUCGUGGAAUAGAGAAGAAUGGCACUUUUAAUUUAAAAAAAGAAUAUACGCACGAAAAAAAUGAGGGUGAAAUUGAAGAGCGUAAAUUUAAGCAGGAGUUAUGUAAACGUGCCAUGACAGAAAAUUUAACUCCUAAACAAAUUUAUGAUUCUUCACGUUUAAGAAAUCCUCAAACAGCAGUGAAUGUUACAUUUAAUUCGAUGGAAAGCAAUUUAUACAAAUGGAAACUACGAACUUUGCCUUCCUUGCCUCCAAUUCCGGAAUCUGUUCAGAAUUUUGUAGAAAUAAUAAAUUCGCCCGAAAAUCAGCAGUGGAAACAAUUUAAUGAUGGGCAAUUUUCUGUAACAGUCACGAGAGAUAUUACAGGAUCAACAUCAGCAAUUUUUAUAGAUAUUCAGUUUGCUGAAAGAAUAAUUGCUGACAACAACAUGGUCUAUCUUGAUGCCACGUAUAAAGUUGUGCCGAAAAUUGAAGAUGCAUAUCAGCUUCUUACAUUAAUUAUGAUCAAAUUCAAUCACGGCUUUCCAAUCGCAUAUGCUCUAAUGGAGAGUAAAUCAGAAACGGCAUACGUGUCGGUGUUAACUGAAAUACGGCGACUACUUCCAAAUUUAAAUGUGACAUCAGCCAUGUCAGAUUAUGAGACAGCUUUGAAAAAUACAAUUUUGUAUCAUUUUCCUGAAGCCGAUAUAUUUGGAUGCUACUUUCACUAUACACAGGGAAUUUUUCACUUCGCUUGCUCAAUCGGAUUAAAAAGAUAUCUUAAAACAAGUGAGGAAGGAAAGCAUACUCUCAAGCAAUUGAUGGCUUUAGCUUUUCUGCCACCAGAGAAAAUUCGUCAAACUUAUACAGAAAUAAAACGGAUCAAGUCUGAAGAAUGCCAACGGAUUCUUGCUGAUUUAUUUAAAUAUUAUGAGAAUCAGUGGCUUGAAAGGGUUAAGCCUGAGGGUUUUAGUGUGUUCGGGUUGAACAGGAGAACAAAUAAUGUUUUGGAAUCCUACCAUAAACGAUUGUCAACAAAAAUAGGAAAAAAACCAAGCACCUGGCAAUUCACAAAAAAAUUAGCAGACUUUCAAGCUGGAAUGCGCUUAGAUUUAACAUCUCUGUCUAAAGGAAAGCGAAUAACCAGAUCCGAAAAACCAAUUACAAUAAUGAGAAAUGAAUUUUUAAUUCGACAAUGGAUUGAUUUGGAAGAUCCAAAUGGCCCAACUAAUAUUGAAUUUUUGGAGCGAAUAAUUAAUUUCAAUAAGGAUCCAUUCACUGAAUAUUUCAAUUUAUUUACUACGUGAAGUAGUAAAUUUUAAGUGCGCGAAGUUACAUGACAUGAAUGCAUGGUCCUGAGUUACUUCAUACUUAACUCGCCCGCGAGUUUUUAUUUUAUCUCAUCUCGAGCUCGAUUUAUAAUACCAGCUCAAUUCGAAGAUCUCGCUAUUUUUAUUUUAGAAGAAAUAAAGAGAUGAAUAUAAAAAAUAGUAGAAAAAUUACAGAAAGUAAUCAUAAAUUUCUUUCUUGCAUUUUUUCCAUAACCAAAAUUAGCCUAAUAUUUAUGCUAUUGCGUGUUUUGAUAGGUUUUGACAAUUCAUAAUAUUGUUUUUUUUUAUUUGUAUUAAGUAUUUUAUUUAUGUUUUAUAUUGCAGUUAUUUUGUUUUUUUCGAUUUAAAAAUACAUAGUAUUUUAGAAGAUAUUUAA